CUAUGGAGGGAAGCAGUUUGAGGGGAGUUAUGUAGAUUACGCUCCAGGAGAAAUGGUGGUGGCCCGUUAUAGUGUAGAUCUACAGUGGUACAGGGCUCGUGUCAUCAGCUCGGGGGACAGGAAAGUGGAGGUGUUUUAUGUGGACUUUGGGAACAAGGAGGUUGUGUCUGAUAAAUCGGUCCGUAAUAUAGACCCCCAGUUCCUCCACCUACCCCUCCAGGCUCUGGAGUGUUUCCUAGUGGACAUAGAACCUGUAGGAGGAACAGACAGAUUUAGUCAGGAGGCCAGAAUGGAGUUCAGAAAACUAGUGGAUGGGAAAACCUUGGUUGCCUACAUCAAGUCAAGGUCUUGGAGUGGUUGUGCGUGGGUGGAGCUGUUUGAUACAUCGGGAGAGGAGGAUAUCAGUAUUGCUCGUACCUUGAUUGAGCGGGGACUAGCACAGGAAUCGACCGCCCUAUCUAGCACCACCAGCGGGAGGGGCAGCAACACGUCCAGUCGAGUCUCUAGUCAGGAGUCCCUUGUCCUAGUCCCAGGAUAAUUACAGGACUAACUUCAAUGUGAUACAUGUACAGCAAAAUCCAUCCAUAGAUUGGCAAGAGAAUAACAAAGAAUUUUAAAAAUCUACCUUUUCUCUAUAUAGUUAGGAAGUAUGCUGUGUAGAAAAAGAACAUGACAUAUAGUAUUUACAAAACAACUUUGUUUUCAAUUUUAUAGGAAAAAUGACAGAUUUUUUUUGUAAAAAUAUAGAUAUUUACAGUACAAGCUUCAUGUAUUGUACAAAGCUCAAAAAAUGGAAGGAUCUUGUUUGUGAAAUAUUUGUAGAGAGAGUCAUGCAACUAUUAGAAAGUAGAGGAAGUCAUUCAAAUAGUAGAAGAGAUUAUAAUUCAUAAGUCCUUUAAUCCUUGUUCAUUUUUUAGCUCUACUGGUCAGAGACCAGAAGAGCUUAUGCGAUAGUAAUGCGUCCGGCGUCCGUCCGUCUGUCUGUCUGUCUGUCUGUCCGUCUGUCUGUAAACAAUUUUUCAAAACGCUACUCCUCCUACAAUUUUAGUCUGAUUUCAAUUUAACUUGGCACACAAGUAGACUACACUAAGAUACAUAGAAUAGUGCAUGGGUUUUUAAUUUUGAUGAACGGUGUUGCCAUGGUUACUAAAAAUAGAAUUUUUUGUGAAAUUCCUUAAAAACGCUACUCCUUCCACAGUUUUGGUCUGAUUUCAAUAUAACUUGGCACACAAGUAGACUACACUAAGAUACAUAGAAUAGUGCAUCUGUUUUUGAUUUCGAUGAACGGUGUUGCCAUGGUUACUAAAAAUAGAAUUUUCUGUGAAAUUCCUUUAAAACGCUACUUCUUCCACAGUUUUGGUCUGAUUUCAAUAUAACUUGGCACACAAGUAGACUACACUAAGAUACAUAAAAUAGUGCAUCGGUUUUUGAUUUCGAUGAACGGUGUUGCCAUGGUUACUAAAAAUAGAAUUUUCUGUGAAAUUCCUUUAAAACGCUACUCCUUCUACAGUUUUGGUCUGAUUUCAAUAUAACUUGGCACACAAGCAGGCUACACUAAGAUACAUAGAAUAGUGCAUCGGUUUUUAAUUUCGAUGAACGGUGUUGCCAUGGUUACUAUAAAUAGAAUUUUCUGUGAAAUUCCUUAAAAACGCUACUCCUUCUACAGUUCUAGUUUGAUUUCAAUAUAACUUGGCACACAAGUAGACUACACUAAGAUACAUAGAAUAGUGCAUCGGUUUUUAAUUUCGAUGAAGGAUGUUGCCAUGGUUACUAAAAAUAGAAUUUUCUGUGAAAUUCCUUAAAAACGCUACUUCUUCUACAGUUUUGGUCUGAUUUCAAUAUAACUUGGCACACAAGUAGACUACACUAAGAUACAUAGAAUAGUGCAUCGGUUUUUAAUUUCGAUGAAGGAUGUUGCCAUGGUUACUAAAAAUAGAAUUUUCUGUGAAAUUCUUUAAAAACGCUAUUCCUUCUACAGUUUUGGUCUGAUUUCAGUAUAACUUGGCACACAAGUAGACUACCCUAAGAUACAUAGAAUAGUGCAUCGGUUUCUAAUUUCGAUGAACGGUGUUGCCAUGGUUACUAAAAUAGAAUUUUCUGUGAAAUUCCUUUAAAACGCUACUCCUUCUACAGUUCUAGUUUGAUUUCAAAAUAAGUUGGCACACAAGUAGACUACACAAAGAUACAUAAAAUAGUGCAAUGGUUUUUGAUAAGUACAUACCAGUAGAGCUACAGUCUCGACAG